ACACACAGAGACACUUUUAGUCCGAAAGUUCUCUCUACCUUUGUAACCCACACACUCUCUCUAUAUGUCUCUCUCAUCCAUCACUCCUUUCUGAAAAGAAAAACCACACCAGAUUUCCCACCCAGCCUUUGGUAUGAAACGCAUCGACCAACAAACCUCUUUUAUGUGGACCCGCUUCUUCAUCUUCUGCAAAUGCACGUUAUAUUUAUGCAUCCUUAGUCUGGGACUAGGGACAGCAAAUACAGACUCGGGUGUGUUUCUGAUCUACAUUGAUGAGCUGCAUGGCUGCCUGGAGACGAUGGACACAGCGCUGCGUCUCUCGCGCUCCUGUAACGAGUCGAACCCGGCGCAGCAGUGGAUUUGGGUGUCGCGGAGACGCCUCUUUAACCUGGGCUCCACACAAUGCCUGGGCCUCUCAGGUACCAACACCGGCAGCCUUGAGCUGGGCAUGUACAAGUGCGACCGUGAGUACAACAUGGUCUGGAACUGCAACUCCCUGGGUGAGAAGAUAAGCCAGCACAUCUCCCCUGGAAACACCUCACUCAGCCCCUCGGACCGAGGAGACCAGGCCCGCGACAGCCAAUGGAGGGUUUACGGAACCAACCAGGACCUGUGCUCCAAGCCUUAUCAUGAGAUCUACACCAUCCAAGGAAACUCCUAUGGCAAGCCAUGCACCACCCCCUUCAAGUAUGACAAUCAGUGGUUCCACGAGUGCACCAGCACGGGCCGAGAGGACGGCCAUCUCUGGUGUGCUACCACUGCGGACUAUGGGAAGGAUGAGCGCUGGGGCUUCUGUCCAGUCAAGAGCCCCGGCUGUGAGACAUUCUGGGAUAAGGACCCGAUGACCAACAGCUGCUACCAGUUCAACUUCGAGGCGAGGGUCAGCUGUCAACAGCAGGGGGCAGACCUGCUGAGCAUUAACGAGAUCCACGAGCAGACCUACAUUAACGGUUUGCUGACUGGGUACAGCUCCUCCUUGUGGAUUGGCCUCAAUGACCUAGACAUCAACGGUGGCUGGCAGUGGUCAGACGCUUCUCCUCUUAAAUAUCUCAACUGGGAGGCAGACCAGCCGGAUAACUCUGAGGAGGAGAGCUGUGGCGUUAUCCGGACCGAGACUUCUGGUCGCUGGCAGAACAAAAACUGUGACAUGGCGUUGCCCUACGUUUGUAAGAAGAAACCCAACACGGCCCCAAACACUACUACAGCAGAGACUUACCAGAGGAUGGCAUGCGAUGGAGCUUGGGAGCAGUUCCAGUCCAGCUGUUAUCUUCGCAAUAGUGAGAAGAUGAGCUGGCAGGAGGCCCGCCAAGCCUGUCACAAGAUGGAGGCAGACCUUGUGAGCAUCCACACCCUGCUAGAGCUCGAGUUUGUCGUGAAGUCCAUGAAGCGCGAUGUGGAUGAGCUGUGGAUAGGUCUGAACAAUGGCAAGCAGCAGAUGAACUUCGAGUGGUCUGACGGCACCCAAGUUCACUUCACCUAUUUGCACCCCUUUGAGCCCAACAACUUUGGCAACAACAGGGAGGACUGUGUGACCAUCUGGGGGCUUGAGGGCCGCUGGAAUGACAGCCCCUGUAACAUGACGCUGCCGUCCAUCUGCAAGAAAGAGGGCCGACAGACCCACAAGAAGGAAGAGGACCACGAAUGUGAGAAGGGUUGGAAGUGGCACAGUCCGUCUUGCUAUUGGUUAGGAGAGGAGCUCCUGUCCUUUGAGGAAGCGCGGAAGGCAUGUUCUAUAAAAGAGUCGAACCUCGUCACCAUCACCAACAGGUUUGAGCAGGCCUUUGUCAGCAGUCUGGUCUACUGCCGGACAAACGAUUUAAUCUGGACUGCACUCCACGACCAGAACAGGACCGGCUCGUUCCGCUGGCUCAGUGGCGACGAGGUCAUGUACACCAACUGGAACCGGGACCAGCCAGGGUACAGCAAAGGCGGUUGUGUGGUCUUGGCGACAGGCAGCUCCACAGGUCUGUGGGAGGUGAGGGACUGUAAAAGCAGAGCCAAGUACAUCUGCAGACAAAACCAGGACACUUCGGUGAGCCCAGAGCUGCCAGUGCCCGCGCCCACCCAGAGUCUAAACGGGACCUGUCCAAGAGGCUGGAGCACCUCCAGCUCCCUGCACCACUGCUACAAGGUGUUUCACUACCCGGGGGUCCAGGAUAAGCUGAGCUGGCUCCAGGCCCACCUGUUCUGCCGGGAGCAGGGUGCUCAGCUGCUCAGCAUUGCCAGCUUCGAAGAGGAGCAGUUUGUCUCCCAGAUUCAGCAUGAACUCUUCGGGGAGUCAGAUGACCACGAGCAGCACUGGUUCUGGAUCGGACUGAACCGGAAAAACCCACUGGAAAACUGGAGCUGGAGUGAUGGCCUGGGGUACUCCUAUCACAACUUUGGCCGCAAUCACCACGAGGAUGAUUUCCGGCAGUGCGCGGUGGCAGACUUGGGCACCAUGCAGUGGCUGGCUAUGCAGUGUGAGUCUGAGCUCGACUGGAUCUGCAAGAUUCCCAAGGGUAAUGAACGUGCCCAUCUCCCUCCAGAAAAUGGCUCAAAGGAGUGGAUGCGGUUUCAGGAUGUGGAGUACAAGUUCUUUGACCACCACUCUACCUGGAUGCAGGCCCAGCGCAUCUGCACCUGGUUCGGCGGGAAUCUCGCCUCCAUUCACAGCCAGGAAGAGCUUGACUUUCUCGGGAAGGCCCUACUCAAGCAAACCAAAGCUCAAAACCAGCACUGGUGGAUUGGGAUGCACACCUAUGAAAACGAUGGCCGCUUCAGGUGGUCUGACCGGUCUAUUCUGAACUUUGUGUCCUGGGCACAAGAAAAGCCUCGUCCUGUCUCCAGAGAGAAGAAGUGUGUGUACAUGAUGCCCAAAAGUGAGGAAUGGGGUGACCAGAAGUGCUUCACUGAUUUACCGUUCAUCUGCAAACGGACCAACACCAGCAGCCAGAUUAGCCCCCUGCCUCCAGCACCGACACCCAGCCCUGGAGGCUGCUCAAAGGGCUGGAUUCCCUUCAUCAAUAAGUGUUUCAAGAUCUACGGGUGGAAUAGGAAUGAUAGAGCCACGUGGCUGGCAGCAAAGGGAGCAUGUGAGAGACAGGAAAGCACACUGGCCACCAUCUCCAAUCACCUGGAGCAAGCUUUUAUCACAACCCUCCUUCCGAACGUGACCUUCGACUUGUGGAUCGGCCUUCAGGAUUCCAAACAGGAUUUCCAGUGGACUGAGGAGCCUUUGAAAUACGUCAACUGGGCCCCUGGCAAACCUUCAGGACACCGGGACAACAUGAGCACAAAAACAACUGCCAUGAACUGCGCUGUGAUUUGGCACGGAGCACCCCCACACUACACAGGCCACUGGGAUGACAGGAACUGUGCACAGGAAAAAAAUGGCUUCAUCUGCCAGAAAUAUAAAAAUCAGUAUAUCAUCCCAGCCUCUGUGGAUGCCUUUCCCCCUCCCCCCAGCUCCCCCCUGCAUUACCGAAAUCACACAUACCGCAUCGUGAAGAAGCCGCUGAGCUGGGAGGAGGCUGUGCUGCUGUGUGAGUCUCGCAACGCCUCGCUGGUCAGCAUCUAUGAUUCAUACCAGCAGGCCUACCUCACCCAGCUCAUCAACGGCCUGGACAAGCCGCUCUGGAUUGGGCUUUACAAGGACAGGGGUUGGAGCUUCUCGUGGCUGGGGGAGAAUCGGGUGACCUACAGCAGCUGGCAGGACGGCGAGCCAGCCAGGACCUCCGGCUGCGGCUACAUGGGUGUGGAUGGGCUGUGGAACACAAUCUCCUGCCAGACCAAGCUGCAGGGCGCCAUCUGCCUGAUAAACACAGAGCCAGCCAAGUCCCACAAAUGGAGUUCGUCUGGAGAAUGCCCGCAUUCCCUCAAGGACUCCAGCUGGGUCCCAUUCCGAGAUUCCUGCUACUCCUUCCACCUGGAGUCCCGCACCACCCCCACGGAGGCAGCCAAGAAGUGUCGAGGAGGUAUUCCACGGUCCAUCAUGGAUGAAACUGAGAACUUGUUUGUGUGGGAGCAUAUCCAGGACUAUGAGUGGCAGUCCAGUGGGGCCUGGCUGGGGAUGACCUUUAACCCUAAAGAGGGCAGCCUGGUGUGGCCAGACAGCUCUGUGGUAGAGUACUCAAACUGGGGCCAGCAGGACUCCCACCAUAGCAUGCUGAGCCCGAACACCUGCUUCUGGGUCCAGAGCAACAACGGGGUCUGGGGACUGGGCUCCUGCACCAACGUCACACGAGGCAUCAUCUGCAAGAUGCCACGAGUUAUAGAUACCAGCUAUUCCAAAUCCUUGGUCCAGGACAAUACCACAGUGAUUGUUGGGGUAGUCAUGGCAACGGUGGCACUGUGCUUGUUCAUGGCAGCCAUCAUCUACCUGUACCGAAAGAGAGCAGGCCGGGGCCGUGAGGCCUUCGAGAGCGCACGCUACAGCUGCACCACCUCCACCCCCACCGAGGCAGCCGAGAAGAACAUCCUGGUGUCUGACAUGGAGAUGAACGAACAGCCCGAGUAACUGUAGGGGCAGAUGACAGGCAGACCGACCAAGCACACCCACACUAGAGACAGCACAAAUUAACAGCACAGGGAAGAGCACCAGAACACUGGGGGUAACAAUCUAAAGAGAUGCAGCUGCAAGCCUGGGCAAGAAGCAACUAUUGUUUUGUUUUUUUGUUUUAGUUUUUCUUUUAAUAUAGCAAAUAUUGCGGUAUGACAAGUUCCAGUUGUGCUUUUCGGUUAUGCUUUUACUGUUACACGGUAUGCAUGUUUUAUGGACACUUGCAUGUUUGAAAUAUACAUCAUGUACGACCAACUUGAAAUGUAAAUACAUUCACACAUUGCCAAAUUACCUACGGAAUGAGAAACAGAAAUGAUGUCUUACAUAACAAAAUCUCACAAAUGUAGAAAUCGAAAAGGUAACUGCCAGAAAACAGGUGGGGAAAUAGGUAAUUUUACUGUAACCUGAAAAGAGCCUGUUCCCCAAAACUGCAUGCAAAAUAUUGUACCAUUUUUAUACAUGCAAGUACUAUUUUAGUUAUUUUGCUUUUAUGAUUUUCAGUUCCUAAUGAAAUUGUAAAUGGUUUGAAACGUGUAGAAGAUGAAGGACAAUGUCUGCACAAUCACAUUGUGUUCUUGAACAGUGUAAUAAGGUAUUGGAAUACAGUCCAUUGGGGCUCAGAGCACUAUGUUACAAUAAUAGAGAAAGAGCUUCACAAACACUGUUUUCAAUCAUUUAUAAAUCCGGGUGUCCAAAAUAGAUGUUCUGAAUAAUCAUUUAAGAGCCCAUUAUUAUUCAGUGUAUACGAGUGGAACAGGCAGUGUUGUGUGAUGCACUGGCCGUUAGAGAUUCUGACCCCUGUUGGCUAGAUGAUGUUACAAACUCUAUAACCAGCAAUGCAACCUGGCUCUUUUGCAGAGUGGUUAAGGCUCUUACUAGUGGUUAGCGCUCAGCAUCCGCCCCUGUUAAAUAUUCAGAUGGAAGUAUUCAAAACUAGUUUUGGGCUUUGUUUAGAGCCUACAGCAGGUAUUCAGAAUAAUGUUUUUUUAUGUUUGGAAUAGCGAUAAUUUGAAUACUGCUCCUCGCCUGUGACGUUUUUCAAGUGGAAUAUUUAUUUUGAAUACCAAGUACUAUGCAUGCAUGUAGUGUUAUGCUGUGUAAGGCAGAUUCAUUUACCCUGUCAUUGCCAAAGCAGUGAGUUUCGAUCUGAUCACCCACAGUCUGAAGUUGGAGGGACAGAGAACCAGAUCUACUAAGCUUUGCAUAAUUUUGUUUAUAAAAUGAAAAAUCACAUGCAUUCCAGUGAUAAUGUAUUUAUACAGACAUAAGGGUGGUUUGAAUUGCAUACACUAUUGAGUGAACCUGUUUACUGUUAGCAUACAGCUGGUCAGUUGUAUGUUAACAGCUCUGCUCUGUGAGGAGCACCAAUGGUAUGAACAGUAUUUUUUGUGGUAGUUAUCCAAACUGAGCCCUGAAUGACAUCAGAAUAUUACACUGAUGGUUUUAAAAAUUGUAGCCAAAGAAAACACAGUGGAGUCCAGCAUCAUGCUGAAAUGCACGAGUGGGAGCAAAAAAAAGACAAUAGGGAACUUCUAGUGAGGGUUCUAAAGUGAAAUACAGUGAAUCUGCGGGGGGGUUACCCUAAAGAAAAGGCAGCGUAUUAGGCAGGUGGGAUGAGUUGGCACAGAAUAGGAUGACUCUGUCUAUUGGAAAGGGAUACAGUGAUGGUUUGUGAAGGAGAGCUGGGAGUACAGGAAGGAUUUAGAAGGUAUUUUUGUAGCUGUAGCUGGAGAUCUGUAACUGGACCUGCCCCUUUGUAAUAUCUGCCCCUUUGUAAUAUCUGCCCCUCAAAGAAAAGUUCUUGACACAGAUACAGAUAAAGAGAGUAAUAAGGAUAAAUACCUGAAUGGCAGUUUCAUAUUCAGUCCCAGCAAGCCUAAAGUGUUCAAGCAAGUUGUAUUAAUUAAUGUGUUCAGUUUACAAAGAUUGAGGAAUAAAGACCUGUCUCACAUAAUGGGCAGCACUUAAAACACAGUACCCCCUUAUACUAGUUAUUUUAUUAUUUGUUUAUUUAGCAGACACCUUUAUCCAAGGAGACUUACAGAGCCUAGGGUGUGUGAACUAUGCAUCAGCUGCAGAGUCACUUACAACUAUGUCACACCCGAAAGACGGAGCAAAAGGAGGUUAAGUGAUUUGCUCAGGGUCACACAGUGAGUCUGUGGCUGAGGUGGGAUUUGAACCGGGGACCUCCUGGUUACAAGCCCUUUUCUUUAACCACUGGACCACACAGCCUCCCCCUUGCUUGUGACUUCUAUGUUGUAUGCUGGAACUGGAGAAUACUUUUUUGCACAAUAUUGUUAUCUAAAUUUGAUCUAAAAUAACAAGCAUUGUUCAAAUAUAUGUAUCCUUACUAAAUAUGGUUAUUCAGGCAUUUAUGAGGCAUAUAGAAAAUUCUAAUGUUAAAGAGAUCAGGUGACAUUCCUCAAAGGUAGGUACUAUUGAUGUUGCAUUCCAAUAGACUGAAAUUAAGUAUGCAACAUAGUUACAUUUUUGGCAGAACAAGAUUAUUCUAGACAUACUGAAAGAAACCUAAUAAAUUAACUCACAAAUAUCCCAUCUAGAAGUCUUUCUCAAUGUCUACAUGUCAUUGAAUUUAUGAGUUUCUUUUAGCAUUUCUAAAUUCAGCACUAUUGAGUAUUUAAUAGUUACGGAUGACAGAACUAGAGCAUGAAAGAGUAUUAGUGUUAAUUAGCAGAAGCAGCUAUUGGGUGACUGAUAACUGCCUCCACUCCUUGUGUCAUGAGUGGACCGAAUGGCCUCCUUUUGUUUGUGGAUUUUCUUAAGAUCUUGUAGUUUUGAGAUCAAUCAGCUAAUAGGAACCGGACAAGAAUAAAUGGGCCAAAUGGCCUCCUCAUUCCUACAUUUUCUUAUGUCUGUUUAAUAACUGGCAGCCAACCCUGCUUCCUUUGAAACAUGCUGUGGCCCAAGUUAAAAUAAGAUCAGGACUCAAGUACGGUGCAAUACUGGCCGUUGGAUUCGGUGUAAUUCUCUGAUGCCUGAAAGUUUUUGUUUCCUCUCUUGUGCACCUGUGUUCCCCACUCAGUGCUGCUGGCUCAUGGUUUUCAACUGCACCAGAGGCAGUUGGUGUUGUUUUUGUUUUGAUACUCUGUAAAUGUUUCUUUUUUUGUUUUGUUAAAAAUCUGCUUUUCUCAAUCAGAAAGAAAAGCUAACCUAUUGAUUAUGA